AUGGAUCCCGAGGUAGGACCCAUGCACUAUCAGGAGCUGCUGCUUUGGGAGGCAGAUUUGGAUUCUGAGGAGGAAGAUGGGGAGACCUCAGAGCCACUGGUUCCUCACCCCUGGAGGCCUCCGGACUCAUCUGGGAACAAGGUUGGUGGCCUUCUAGGAGCCUGGGCCCGACUGUUUGCAGCUCUCCUGCUGCUGGCAGUUGGCUUCUCCCUGGCUGUAAGGCAAUUCCAGAUGAGAGGGGGCUCUACUGGAAGUUUGGGCUCCGUGGUCCCUCCACCCACUGGACACUCCCAUCACCCAGGUGUAUACCACCAUGGUGCUAUCAUCAGCCCUGCCGCCUCAUGCUCCAGCCUGGGCCGAGAGCUGCUUGUGGCUGGAGGCAAUGUCGUGGAUGCCGGAGUUGGAGCAGCUUUAUGUCUCUCAGUGGUGCAUCCUCACAGCACAGGGCUAGGUGCCAUGUUCUGGGGCCUAUUCUACAAUAGCUCCUCAGGAAAUGCAACAGCCCUGACCUCGGGCUCAGUCCAGACCUUGGCUCCGGGGCUGGGACUGCCCACAGCUCUGCCUGCCCUGCACUUACUGCACACGCAUUUUGGCAUCCUGCCCUGGCCACACCUACUGGAAGGCCCCACCACACUGGCUCGGGAGGGCUUCCUAGUGGAUGCACCCCUAGCAAGGGCACUAGCAGCCCACGGCACAAAAGACCUCUGCCCAUUGCUUUGCCACGCUGACGGGACACCACUGGGUCCUGGAACGCAUGCUGCCAACCCCAAAUUGGCAGAUGUGCUCCAAAGGGCAGCACUCAGCCCCACCCUCACUGGGAACGUCCUCUGGAGUCUGGUGGCCAAUGACCUGGGGCUGGAGGCCCCCUCAGCUGAGCCCAUGCCCACCUUGGAGCCAGCACUGCAGCUGUCUUUGCCCCAGGGCAUUCUGUUUUCCACCCCUGGCCCAUCCGCUGGCCCAGAACUGCUGGACCUGCUGAAGGCAGCCCUACACUCUGGAAGGUCCAACUCUGAUCCUUGCCCACCACCUCCACAAAUUCCCGGGAGCCCUGUGAGCAGUGUCCUGGCCACCAUCGACAGCAGCGGCUCGGUGCUCCUCCUCAUCUCCUCACUCAACAGCUCCUUCGGCUCUGGGCGGCUGUCCCCCAGCACCGGGGUUCUGCUCAGCAAGCUAGUGGCCAGCUCUGCAACGAGCACCUGGGCCUGCCCCCUCAUUCUGUGCAGCAGCCCCAAUGACACAGAGGCUGACGUGUUAGGGCUGGUAGUUUCAGGGGCCCCCUCAGUGGCCAGAGCCACGACUAAUGCCCUGCUUAGACACCUGGUCGCACCCCAAACACAGCCCCGUCACCAGCAUCAGCACCAGCACCAGCAAGGGCCAAUAGAGAACCCCAGCACUUGUGUUCAGGGGACCCUGCUCCAGGUAACAGCCCACACAGAGCAUGCCCAUGUCUCCAGUGUCCCCCAUGGCUGCUGCCCCUUCCAGGGCUUCUAA